GCCGCCGUGCACGCGUUACGUCCGCAACCGUCGUCGCGCGGACCGCCAGUGAGAAAGUCGCCCGCGAUUUCCCCCUUUGGCUCCCCCCGGCUCCCCUCGCACGUUGGUUACACCGCAACAACAUCAAAAAUCUAUAUCUAAUUGAAAUAAAAAAAAAAAAUAAUAAAUUAAUAGUAAUUAUUAUUUUAAUAUAACAGAUAUAAUAAUAUUUAGCUGUAAAUACCGAAAAACGAUCACUUGUUACAGUUAGAUUCGUUGUUGUUGUUGUUGUCGUCGUCGCAUUUGCCGAGUGUUUUUUUUAAAAUUGUAUUUAAUCGUGCGAGUUCGGACGUUAAGUUUUUUUUUUUAAAUACUGCCGGGUAUAAAAAAAAUUGUUUUACAAAAAAAAAAACACACAAUUAUUGUAACAUAUCACGUGGAGAAAUCCCGCGUUGCCGUCGUGCACACAUCCUGUAUAUGUGGACGCUAUCGGGGGCCCGACUGUCGGUCGUGGACCCGAAACCGGUUUUGCGCAGGGUGACCACCACCGCAUCUGAUGCUGCAGUGUCGCCAACGAUAACGUCGCAACGUACCAGAUUAAUUACAAUUUAGCAACACAUGUUGGUGCCGUUACAAAGGUGCGAAAAAUGACGGCUGUGAAUACUGGUUUGCCUGGCAUUCGGGUACCGCUAAGAAACAGCUAUGCUUCGUCAAUAUCUCAACAGACGGCCGUGUUCAUGUACAGCACUGCCGGCCCGGACGGCCAGACCGUUACGCUACAGCUCCGGGAAACCGACGAAGGUCUCGAGUUACCGACCACCGUGCUGUCCAAGAUCAGUUACCAAAAUUCGGCAGAGGUCCUCACCGACGGCACCAUAGAUCUGUUACUGGCCACCACGCCGCUAAACUCGUCAGGCGAUGGCCAAAAUACAAAUUCUCCCGGAUUCGAGUUGUUCGAUUCGGACAACGGUCACGAUCUCACGCUAUCGCCUCAGACGUUUACGGCCAACACAACAGCCGACUCGUUUUUGGUCAACGACAACUCUAACAGCAUAGGAAUGCCCGUCAACGAGUCUGACACGGUUGGCAGUUCUGAAGAUGUCAAAUCGACGGAACUUAACAAGUUGAACAUGUCUAGACGGUGUCCAAAACCGGUGGUCAAAGCUAUGUCUCCCAACAGACAGGGUCCCCAGCAGUGUCUUACCUGCGGGAAAGUGUUCGGGAACGCGUCGGCACUGGCCAAACACAAGUUGACACACAGCGACGAAAGGAAGUAUGUGUGUAACGUCUGCAGCAAAGCUUUCAAAAGACAAGACCACUUAAACGGACACAUGCUGACGCACAGACACAAAAAGCCGUUCGAAUGCAAAGCGGUUGGUUGCGGUAAGUCGUACUGCGACGCGAGGUCCCUACGCCGGCACACAGAGAACCAUCAUCACCAUCAUCACCAUCAACCGUCGCCGCCCAACCAAGGCUCGCCGCCCGCGUCGCCGUCCUCGUCCACCGGUUCGGGGUGCAUCCAAUACGCCCCGGCUCCUUUGGCGUCCCCGCCGACGUCCACCACGACCACGACCACGACCACGGCGUCCGCCAGCAGCACGGUGUCCACCACCACGGUGCAGCAAAAACAACCACAGCCACCGCAACCGCCGCUGCCACCGCCGCAGUCACAGGCACAGGACUCGCCGAGCCAACUGCAAAAGCUGUUAAGCACCGAGCCGCUGUCCAACAGCCCACCGACGACGUCUAGCAAGGGUGGUCGCACAAGAUCACAGAGCACAGCCGAGACGGAGGACAGUUUUACCAAACAACAGCUAGACCUAAUCCAACAAAUUAUGCAACAGACCCGACUGCAAAUAGCCGCAUCGAAUGCUCAAAAAAUGUCUAACCUGAAAAAUUGGAAUAGCCAACAGAAUGCAAACCAAUGUAAUACCACCGAUGCGACGUCCAGCAAACAGCAAAACGCACAAACCACAUUAGCUAUAGGCGUCGUGCCGAUAAAACCAGAGCAGAAACCCGUGGAAUGUAACUUGUGUCAUAGAAAAUUCAAAAACGUACCAGCCCUCAACGGACACAUGAGGCUUCACGGUGGUUACUUUAAAAAGGAAACCGAUUCGAAAAAAUGGGAGAAAAAAGAAGCUUCGGGUCCUCCUUUGCAAACGGCCAGCAUGAGCGUCAGAGCCCUGAUCGAGGAGAAAAUCAUUCAGAAGAGGAUUACAAAACCGGCUACGCAAAACGGGUUGACUUCGUCGUAUUCUAGCUCUAACCGUGACAAGGAGACCACGGUACAGAAAGUGGUGAGCAGAAGCACAUCGGUUCACGCGGUCAUGACCAAUAAUAAUAGUUCUUUUGCCGUACCGGCAGUACCCAGCAGCACCGCAUCUUCUGCUGUAGACACAACCGCCAGUUCUACCGAUACAACGUCUGUGGUGUACUCGGAUAUCAUCUUAAGAAAGACGGCCGUGAAGCGGGCUUGCUCGGACCCGGGAUACCAAUACAACCAGAGCAGCAGCACCGGCACCGGCACCAGCACUAGCCCGCAAAUAGAUAUUAAUUACCGCAAUUCACCGUACAACACACUGAAUCACGGCGGCAGCAGAGGCACCGGCGAAAAGGAAACCGAUAACCACCACCGUGGCUAUUAUUCGCCGGGACUCAACGACGAUAUAUUUCCCAACGUGCAAACGGACACUAUGCUUUUACAAGCCGUCGAUUCCGCACAGCUAGCCGACACGAUACGGGCGACAGACAUGCAGGACAUGUCGUGUCUGGACGACUACGACGGCAUGACGGAUCUGCAGAACAGCGAAGAUUUCCAAGCCGUGCUCAACUCGCCGUUGUCGGCCAGUCUGGCGGAUCUGGCGUACAGUUCGGGACAGACCAUGUUCACGGACCUGGGCAAGUCGCCGUUGCCGUCGCCCAGCUUCACCUACCCCACCCCGCCGGCGAGCCAGGAAGGCCAUUCGCCGUCGUUGAACUUCCAUUCGGUCAUGUCCAACGGCCAUUUGGGUGAUUUUUUCUACUCGUCCGACAUGUCCAGCUCGGAGGCCGUCGAGGCCGCCCUCAGUGAAGUCCUGCCCAAUUUCGAAUCGGCCACCGACUCGCCCGUUUCCGUCAACACUCCGGUGCCGUCGCCCAUGUCGCUGCCCAACUCGUCCGCAGCACCGUCGCCGCUGCCCAACCACCAUCAGCACACGUUACAGGUAAUGAUGCCUAAUUCUGAAGACCCGUUAUUAUCUAGCAGUACGAAAGAGUUCAGAAAGAAAUUUGAUUACCAGACUUGUCGGCUGUACGGAGUCAACGGCACCAUGGCGCAAGUGAUCGACGGCAGUCAGUUCCUGAUCGACAAAAACGGCGAAUUGAAAUUGGUGCACGCCAAUUACCAACAUAAUUCCGGAUCGAUGUUCGUGCAGCAAACCGAAGCGCAGCAGCCGAACGACAAGAGCGUCGUACCAACUCUCAAACAUCAACUCAAGCAGGAAUUCGUCGACGACCUGGACGACAUAUUCAUCAACCCGUCGAGCAUUCAAUCGAACUACACGAACCGAAUGAAUCGGAAACGGUGCUUCGGAGACAUUUCCACCUAUAAAUCGUUUCGGUCGAGAUUGCGCUGCCACAGGUUGGGCCUGAUAAACGAGCCCACGUUGCAAUACACUCCCAAGCCCAUGCUGAGCCCCUCGCGCAACGGACGGGGUCUAUACUGGCAAGCGGUGACUUCGUGGCCGAGCUCUACGACCGUCCGGGAAGGAAUCGUGGAAGAUUGCGUGGGUCUCGAUUCGCCGCCCGAAUGCGACGUGUUGCCGCACAUCAAUCUCGGCUCAAACUUCCAAGCGGUUUUGCCACCCUUCAACCCGAUCAAACCGACCCCGGACUCGCCGCCUAGCGACUAUCUGCUCUGGGACCCUUUCAUUACGGAUUUUGUGGCCGAGAGGGAAGUGGAAAUGUACAUGGAUUUCGCUUGUUGCGCCGCAGUGCCCGGCGGUGGCAGGAACAAGGAGUACGCCUUGCACUUGCUCCAUCUUUGCAGGGGAAACGUUCAGGAAGCCAUGUUGAAACUGAUGCAGCCCACGCCGUACUUACCCCAAGGACAUCCGUUGACGAAAUUCGAGUACACCGAAUCGGACCAUUGGACCCAGAACGAAGUGUCGACGUUCCACAAAGCCAUAUUCAGAUACGACAAGGAUUUCUCGUUUAUAUCGCAAGAGUUGGGAUCGAAAACUCUGAAACAGUGCGUACAGUUUUAUUACUUGUGGAAAAAAGUGUGCCCGGAAGAUUACAAACAGUUUCAACUGCAACGGCGAAAGUCCAGAACCGACGACACCGCGGUGGCCAACGCGAAAUUAGACAUUCCCGCUAAUAACAAUGACGUCACCGCCAGUUCGGAGGACCAACAAACUUUCGUUUGCGAAUUCUCAGACUGUCUGUCGACGUUCAACAGUAAGAUCGGACUAGCGGCUCACGUGAGGCUGCACACGGCCGGCACGCCCGACCGAAGGCACGCGUCCACGCCCACGCAAAUGGAUCCCAACUACGAGGAGUUCCCCUGCAAGAUUUGUGGAAAGGUGUUCAACAAAGUGAAGAGCCGCAGCGCACAUAUGAAAUCGCACAGGCCGCCGGACGCGGAACCGAAAAAACCGAAACUGGACCAGAACUUAGACUACGGACAAAUGAUGCAGCUCAAGACUGUGGCCACGCCCAUACAGCUACACAGACAAUGUUAAAUAGUAUUAUGUAUUGUGCAGCGUUAUAUUGUAGUAUUAUUAGUAUUAGUAUUAUUGUUGUUGUUGUUAUUUAGGCACUGCGCUAUUAACGUUUGUAAACUCUAUAUUAAUUAUUGUAAUGUAAUAGGUACCUACCUACGCACAAAAGCUCAAGAAAUUAACGCGGACCUCGUACAAUCAACACAAUCCUUGUGUCCAGGGUGUUUGUAUUCUAUCUCUCACGCCCUCUCUCCCUUGCUCUAUACGAUUACGCCCAAGCAAUAUUAAAUAUUAAUCAUUUUUCUAAUUAUCUAUAUUAUAAUAUGUUUAACGUCUCGAAAAAGCUCUUCCUUGACAGCGUGUAUAAUACUUAAGUCAUCAUCAUUGUAAAGCAAUAAUAAUAAUCAAUUUUCAUGUCUCGGACAAUAAAUAUUGAAAACACUUGUGCCAAUCAUUUAUUUUUCACUUUAUAUUAAAUCAAAAUGUGUAUAGAAUAAAAAAACAUAUGCUCAUUAUGAACAAAUAAACACCUAUCGAUAUAAGUAUUUAAAAAUAUAUAUAUAGUGAGUUUUUAAAUUUGUUUUUUAUCAAAUUUCGUCAAUUAAAAAUCAUUUAUAAAUACCGCCAAUAUGUCAGAAUAUAAGUGUGUGUUUAUUGGAGUGUGUUGUAUACUUUAUAUAUAAAUAUAUAUACAAUUUUGACUAUAACAAAAAAAAACAUUAUACGUAAACCAUAUUUCUAUUUAGUAUAAAUAUUUUAAUAUAUACAUAUAUAAAUAGCUUUAGAACUCAUUUGGGAAGUAUGUAUUUGGUAAUCAAAUUCAUAACGAACAAAUCUGUAAAAAGUCUUCAUUAUUAUAUAUUGUUAUAUUGUGCCAAAUAAAAUAUUUUCCCCUUUGUAUUUUUAUAUCCUGUUAAUAUAAUUUUGUAAAUAUUUAAAAAUAUACAAUAUUUUAUCAAGUCGAUGCUCAAAUUCUCUGUCGUCAAAUUACAUAUUAUUGUAAAACUAAUUUAGAUUCAGUCUUCCCUCCACUCAAAACUUAACACCCACAGCUACUAUAAUUUGAAAUUUGAUUGUACUAAUUUAAUCCUUCUGGUGAUUGUUUAUACACAGUUAUAAUUUUUUAGCAAUAAAAUAGGUAAAUCAUAUUUAAAUAAUAUUCAUUUUAGAAAAUACUAUACACAAUAAUGGUCUACCUUCCAAUUAAGUACUGUCUUUAAAACAAUAGAGGUACCUAUCACUACUAGUUAGCUAUCAUUUUAAUUUUCUCCGACAUGAAAAACAUUUUUUUUUUUAAUAUUAUUUAUUACUUAUAAAGUUGUAAAAUAUAAUAUCGACAAUGGCCCAACCGAAAACCAUGUUUACCACAUGCUCUAUUUUUAUUUCUUGCAUGUUUGUAAGAUAAGAUUUUUUAGAAAAAAAUGUAAUUAAGACAUUAAUUGACGUGUUGCUUUUGUAUUGUAUAAUUCGAAAGAAAAAAUAUUUAAAAAAAAUUGAAUAUAUAUAUAUUAAUAUGUUAGCAAUUAGGCAUAUUAUUAAUAUUAUUAUAAUAGUGGUAGUAUAAAAAGGUAAUUUUAUACUAAGCCUUUUUAUAACGCUACUCGAGGGUUAAUUAAAUUAUUAUUAUUAUUUUUUUUUAUGUUAUUUGUUGCCAGUAUUGAUUUUUUGUUUCUUUUUU